AUGGAGUUCAAACAAGACGAGCAGGACUUUAUCAACGAAUUACUAGGCCAUGCGGGUCUGGGAGAUUUAAAUGGCGAUAUGGGCAUCUCUAGCGCUAGUGAUAGAUUUACCAACAACAUAGGAAUAGAAAACCGUACAGGGUAUUUCGAAGACACAGAUUUGGGCCAGGACCCGGCGAGGCUCGGUUUUUUGGGGCACUCUGUGGAUAACACAAUAAGGCAGAAUAAUGUCGAUUCAACGGGGCCGGGAUUCUUGAUUGAUGAAAGCCUGGGGGCACAACAAGUUCAGCCAGAGUUCCUAUCAGAAAAUGCGCUUUUCCAGCAUGAACCCUUUCAGCAGGACCCUCAAGAUUCCGCAAAUGAUGAUCAGCUUUCAAGCUUCACGGAAGAUCCGGUCUCAUCUUUGGGAUCCAGUGUGACCACGAGCGAGUUUUUAUCGCCGAUGUCCUCAUCGUUUAAUAACCAUCCGCAGCGAGACUCGGUCGAUCCAGCCUCGUAUUCGCAGUUUUUGUCCUCGAGCCUCCGGUCUCCUUCCAAUAGUUUACGGCAGGGAAACUACUUAUCAAGUUCACUGCGUGCCCAGGGGUUGAAUCCGCGACACUCGUCUGUCGGGAGCACGGCAUAUCAGCAGCAGCAGCUGUCAUUUGAUCCUACUGGUUCCGGUCCACAACUCUCGCAAGAAGAAAGGUUACGGAGACGUCGUGAGUUUCACAACGCCGUGGAGCGGAGGCGACGGGAGCUCAUUAAACAGAAGAUUAAAGAACUGAGCAAAAUAGUUCCUCCAAGCCUCCUCAACUAUAACGACCAUGGCAAAGAAAUAAAGGCGAAUAAAAGCGUUAUUCUCAGCCGAUCCGUGGACUACCUUGCAUAUUUGCAGCAGGUACUGGAAAUACAAGACCGCAAAAGGCAGCUUCUUAUUCAAAAGGUACGAGAACUGGAAGCGUACCGUCAUCGCCAAAAAACUAGUUCUACGAUGAACGCAAAUUUUCAAGAGCCCAUGACCGUGGGAGGCGUCAGUAGUGCUUCUCCGGAGCAGAUAAUUGACGCUAGAGGGCUACCUGUUGUGGGUGAAAAUUCGUCUUCUACCCCGUCCACUACGAUACAGGACGAUUUACAGCAGUUUCUUUCAGGGGACUUGAUUGAUGCCGAGGACAACGCCAAAUUGAUGUUCGGUGGUGAGGGCAACGGCACAGCAGCGGACUUUCUGCUGAAGUUUGGGAAAUAG